GUCACCCCUUUGCAGCCUGGAUUUUUAAGCCUGCAAAUCCACGAUUCCUGUUUGGCCUCCUGGCCUCCAGUCGCGGCCCACGUGCGCGUGUCCGACGUGCUCGAGGUGGAGGUGGAUCUCACUGAAAAGGCUGAGGUUGGCAGCCCCGUUACGGCCACUGUUCGAGUGCUGGGUUUUCAGCGACUUCCCCUGCAGAGUAAAUACUUCAAGUACAUGAAGCUGCAGCUGCAAGCAGCGGCGCCUGUUGUGACCUUCGGGCAAGUGGAGGAAGUGGGAGAAUAUUCCCAGCUGCACGUACUCCAUGCUGUUGCUGUGGGCCACACGACUUUGGUAGCUACAGCCUGGGACAGGAUGGGCAGAAAAAUCACUUCUGCUCCUCGGAAACUUGAGGUCUUUCCUCCGUUUAAACUGAUCCCAAGGAAAAUUACCCUUAUUCCACACAAUAUGAUGCAGGUGAUGUCUGAAGGUGGUCCCCAGCCACGAUCCAGCGUCCACUUCUCUGUCUCCAACCGCUCCGUGGCUGAGGUCAGCUGCCUUGGACACGUAACAGCAAAGGCAGUGGGAAGAGCCAGCAUCCAGGGCAGCGUUCAGGUGGUCAGCGAAGACACAGGAAGAGUGACCGUGUUUUCACAG